AAAAAUGUCUGUUACAACAGUUACAAAAACGCAAUCUUCCAAAAAAUUGCCUUAUAAAGUUGCGGAUAUUUCACUUGCUGAUUUUGGACGUAGAGAAAUAAUAAUUGCUGAAAAUGAAAUGCCAGGACUUAUGGCUAUGAGAGAAAAAUAUGGCACCCAAAAGCCGUUGAAAGGUGCCCGUAUUGCUGGGUGUUUACAUAUGGUUCAAUGGUCUUCUUGCAAUAUUUUCUCUACUCAAGACCAUGCUGCUGCAGCAAUCGCUGCUAAAGGUAUUCCUGUAUAUGCUUGGAAAGGUGAAACUGAGGAAGAAUAUGAAUGGUGUAUUGAACAGACAAUAAUAUUUCCAAAUGGCCAACCAUUAAAUAUGAUAUUGGAUGAUGGUGGAGAUUUAACAAAUUUAGUUCACAAUAAAUACCCAGAAUUAUUAAAUAAAAUAAUUGGAAUAAGUGAGGAAACGACAACCGGAGUACAUAAUUUGGCUAAAAUGUUGGAAAGUGGGGAAUUAAAAGUAGCUGCAAUAAAUGUUAAUGACUCUGUUACAAAAUCUAAAUUUGAUAAUUUAUAUGGAAUACGGGAAUCUUUGCCUGAUGGAAUUAAGAGGGCAACUGAUGUAAUGCUUGCUGGAAAAGUAGCCGUUGUGUGUGGUUAUGGAGAUGUUGGUAAAGGUUCAGCUGCUGGUUUACGUAAUUUUGGUGCUCGAGUAAUUAUUACUGAAAUUGAUCCAAUAAAUGCUUUACAAGCAGCAAUGGAAGGUUAUCAAGUAACAACGUUAGAAGAUGUUAUUGAGCAAGCACAGAUUAUAGUAACAACAACUGGCUGUAAAGAUAUUGUACGUGGAGAACAUAUUGAAAAAUUACCUGAAGAUGCUAUUAUUUGUAAUGUAAGUUAA